GGGGAUCUGUGGCUCCAGUGGCACAGAACUCGCAUGGGGAUGCAGUGGGGCUGUGAGCAUUAACGUGGGGGGAGCAGGGUCCCCUGUGAGCGCCCGUUCUGGGGGCUUUUCCUUGCUCCCCCUCGUUCUGCAUGACAAUGCAAUUGCAGCAGGUGCUGGAGCGGGAGUCGCUGUGGGCCCGGGGUCUGUGUAGGGCUGCAUGAGAAAGCGCCCGGGAGUAUGACUGGGGCCCCUCUGGGGGUAUGUGGCUGGGCUGCCUCCCAGUGCCUCUCUGGGACAGACAGACACAUGUCCCGCUUUCCACUCUAUGCCUCUCUCCGGGCUGCCCCUUCCCCAGGGCCAUGUCCCCAGGAUGUUCCCAAUACGCCGCCCCAUGCAUGUCUCUGGGCCGUUCUCCAUCCUCCCAGGCGUCCCCCCGGCUCGCACCCCACCCCCUGUGUGUGUCUCUGGGCUUCCCCCCCACCCCGGCUGCAGCACAUCUCUGGGAUCCCCUGUCUCUCGCCCCACCCACUGUGUGUCUGUGGGUGCAGCGCCUUCGGUUUGUCUCUCUUCCCAGGCACUAUCACAGCAUGGACAUCUUCACCCACUACGACCUCCUGACCCCCAACGGCACCAAGGUGGCCGAGGGCCACAAGGCCAGCUUCUGCCUGGAGGACACGGAGUGCCAGGAAGACGUGGCCAAGCGGUAUGAGUGCGCUAACUUCGGAGAGCAGGGCAUCACCGUGGGCUGCUGGGACCUGUACAGGCACGACAUCGAUUGCCAGUGGAUCGACAUCACCGACGUCCGGCCCGGCAACUACAUCCUGCAGGUGGUGAUUAACCCCAACUACGAGGUGGCCGAGAGCGACUUCACCAACAACGCCAUGAAGUGCAACUGCAAAUACGAUGGGCAUCGAAUCUGGGUGCACAACUGCCACAUCGGUACGGGACCGCACCGGGGCCUGGGAGAGACGGGGGGAAGAAAGCGUUGGGGGUGGUGCAGGCGGGUGGGGGAGGUGCCAGCGUUGGGCAC